AUGACGGCCGCCGAUAUCCAGCAGCAGUUCGCCCAGCCCGCCUUCGCCACCGAGGCUUCAUACAGCAAUGCUCCCAAGUGGCGCAUCCUGUCUCAGGUUCAGGAGACUGAUCCUUCGGGCCCCUACAAGCUGAGCUACUCCACCGAGAAUGGCAUCCAGGUUGGCGAGGAAGGUUCUGUCGUGUCCAGCGCCGAGGGCCCCGUUAUCGCUGCGCAGGGUCCCUACUCGUUCACCGCGCCCGACGGCGUCGCUUACUCCGUCAGCUACGUCGCCGAUGAGAAUGGCUUCAGGGCAUCUGGUGACCACCUGCCCACUCCUCCACCAAUCCCCGCCGAAAUCCUCAAGUCACUCGAGGAAAACGCGGCCAGCGGCGAGCAAUACGAUGACCAAAUACUUUAUCAAAUAAGUCCAACGAGAAGCAGGUAG